AUGGAUAUCGAAAAUAUUUUUAAUGAUUCAUGCUACAUACCAUUAAAGUGGGUGGAAAAAUAUGGGUUGGCCAUACUAUGGCAAACGAUCAUGGGUCAAGUUUGGCGACAUAUAGAGUCUGGUGAAGAUUGGUCAGAGAUUAUUUAUUUAAUUGACGACCAGAAGACCAGGCUGCUUAAAUUGGGAGCGAAUGUCUGGUGUUAUUUUAUGGUGACUGACAAUGAUGACGAAGAAAUUUUGCAUGCGGACCUACAGCAAAUCGCUCACGAUCCAAAUUAUUUCUACCUCGAUGGCAUUACAGCUCGCUGCAUAAGAUUUGCAGCCAGUGUCGAAGGAUGGCCAGGUGAAAUAGUUAAUUUUUCAAGACCUGGUGAGGAGCUAAUGACGGUGGAUGAGAACAUUGAAGAUGAUGAUGAUGAAGAUGAGGACAAUGAUGAAGAUAUUGAUGACUUUCCGUCAAGAACACCAUCACCACCUCCACCAUAUUCUCCACCACCUUCAUACUCGUCAUUGUUUCCAAUUCACCCGCUACCACAAACAAUGUACGCCCCAUCAACAUCGUCGUAUUUACCGUCACCAUCACUGUCACAGCCAUCAUCAUCAUCGUCAUUAUAUGCAUCAUUUUCACAGUCACAUCCAUCAUCAAGCACAUCACAUGCACCACCAUCAUUGGCACCAUCAUUGUCAUCAUCAUCAUCAUCACCAUACCCAUCGUAUCCACAACCAUCAUUAUCAUCAUCACCGCCAGCAUAUUUACCACAACCAUCGUCACAGCAGCCACCAUAUUUGUUACCACCACCUUCAGAAUGGUCAUCAUAUUUACCACCGGCACCAUCAUCACAGCAGCUAUCAUAUUUGCCGCCGCCACCUUCUCCACCACCGACAUAUUUACCACUACAACCACUGAUGCCAUGGGUUGAUAAUAAUAAUAUUUAUUACAAUCAUCCAAAUGAAUCGGUGUGGGUACCAGCUCCACCAGAAUCAUACCAGCAACAACCUCAACAUCGCUAUGAAAACAACAACGAUCAUCAGCAUUUUCAACAACAACAGCAGCAACAACAUAUGGAAAAUGAUUUUUAA